UGUGAUUCCGACGCGAGCCAGCUCUGUGGGAGGCCAAUCCACCACCUCUUCGGGAUGCAACUCCACACAAUUCGAUUGAUUGGAGUUCAUCAGUGCAAGGACAAGGAGCUUGCUGUUGAGAAAGCAUUUGCAACAGUUACAGUUAGUAGUUAUUAGAAGUUGAAAGCUUCCAGUGCCAGAUUUCUUUCCUCUUGUCUCUUGACGACACAAGAAAAGGAAGAUAGACAACAAAGUCUAUAGACUAGAUCCCUCCAGAGAAACUCAAUCUGAAAAUCCCGUUACUUCCUCCCCAACGCAUACGAGUACAGUACGCACAUUUUAGUCCUCCUCCUUUCAUUUCCUUUCGUCCAUCGGUCUUCUACCUACUAGCCAGAAGCGAACAUUCUCAUCACAAUGAUCCACAACAACAGCAACAGCAACGACCACUCCUCCCCCCAAUCGGGCAACAGGACCAUGAUUAGCACCAACAGUCCACCACAACCAGAGCUUCCCAGCAACAGUCCUCCUCGCAGCAGUGCCGCCAUGGUGCACCCCGUGACUCCACCACCCCGCAAUCAUCGCAGUGAUGCUUCCCUCACCGCCUCUUCUUCCGCCACUACCUUGACUGCUUCUGACUUUCCACUGUCGGAUGACGACAUGUCCACCCUCCAACCUCCCUCUUGUUCCCGUGGCAGUCAAUGCGUCCAAUUGUUGGCCGUGGGACACAUGAGUCCCAACGGUGUGGCGGUUGUGCCGCAAUUGGUGGCGCUCCAGAAAAAGAAAACACCCAACAAGGACAAGAAACAAUCCUGUGUUGACUGUGGUGGGUGUCUCUGUUGUUGUAGUUGUGGGGAAGAAGAAGCGGUGGAGUUGGGUGUGGAAGACUCGAUUCAAAUGGCGCGCGUCCAUUCCAUCAAGUUGGGAAGUGCCAAUGCCCAACGCAUUCAAACCAUGUUUCACGAAUCUACUCAAUUCCACAGGAACAGCAGUGCCUUGACAUUGCCCAUGGAGUACUCCGCGUUGCAACUGGGAAAAUCCAGUAGUAGUGCUGAAAGUAGUGAAGAGGAACUAAGAGUCAAGAGGCUAGGCAGUCAAGGAAGUAGUAACAGUGACGUGGGAAGCCGUAGUCCCAGCAGUGGUGACGAGAAUCAUCAUCCACCAACCCGAUUGUUUGGUGGAAAAAAGACACGUCGCACUUCCCGUCACCUCCCUCGGCACACCGAAGGUGGUUGUGGAACUCGCUGGCACAACAUUAUCAACCGGAUUCGCAUCUGGACCUGUCGCUUUUUGAGAUUCAUGACGCACUAUGCUGCCGUAUAUCCCAAACUGUGCAUUAGCGCGGUCAUCUUGACAUCCCUUACGCUCAUUACCAUUGGCAUGUGUACCAACUUUUAUCUGGAAUUAGAAAAUGCCUACUUGUGGCCACCACAGAAUUCACUCUCCAUUGAACACACCGAUUGGUACUACUACAACUCCAACUUUAACUACGAUACUUCCUACUUUGACAUGAUCAUUCAUGCCAAAGGCGACAAUGUCCUGGGAGUGGACGGUGUCAAAAGAACCUUUGAAGCCAUUGAUGCCAUUCGUGACUUGGAAGGGUACAAAGAGGGCUGUUAUUGGGCCGCACUCUUUGGAGACGAGUACUUUGUCGGAGAAUGUAAAAUCCAUUCCGUGGCCGACUUUUGGAACGAGUCAUUGGCCAUAUUUGAAGAACAAGUCGAAACCGAUCAAGAUGCCAUCUUUGCCAUGUCCAAUCCUCGGUAUCCCAAUGGCAUUUAUGUCGAUGAACCACGCAUCUUGGGAAAGGCCACCCGGUAUGCCACCUCGCACGACGAUGAUGCCACGACUUACUUGGAAUCGGCACAAUCCUACUUGAUAGAGUUUGAUUUGCCCUGGACCAAUAUGACGGCCGACUUUGAAUGGUCCGCAUUGGAACGCAUCCAGGCAUUGCAGGCGGAAUGGGAUGCCGACCCCAACAAUCCCUUUACCAUUGAAAUGACGGCCUACCGUUCGUACUCGGAUGAAUUCUUUCGGGCCAUUAUCAAGGAUCUUCCGCUCCUGCCAGCCGUCUUUACCAUCAUGUCGGCCUUUUGUUGCUUUGUCUUUUGGCAUCGUGAUCGAGUCAAAUCCAGAAUGUUGCUAGGAGUGGGUGCAGUCGUCUGUAUUGUCUUGAGUAUCAUUAGUGGAUAUGGACUCUUGUUCAUCUUUGGAGUGCCCUUUACUUCCGUCACUACCAUGAUUCCUUUCUUGUUGUUUGGAGUUGGGUUGGAUGAUUCCUUUAUCAUUUUUGGAUCGUACAAUCGAACCGAUCCACGGUUGAGUGCCUAUGAACGGAUUCAACAUACCAUUGACGAUGUUGGAUUGAGCAUUUCCUUGACAACCUUGACUUCGUCCCUGGCGUUUUUCAUGGGAACUUUCUCCAACAUCCCGGCCGUCUCAUGGGUGUGCUGGUAUGCAUUUCCAACGAUCAUCAUCGACUUUAUCUACCAAGUCACAUUUUUCAUUUCGUUGAUUGUCCUUGACGAACGUCGGAUCCAAGCCAACAAGAAGGACAUUUGCUUCUGGUCUGUCGCUGAAAAGGACGAUUGCCUUCAACAAGGAGAAACAUUCUCUGACAACGAAGAUAGUCCCGUCAAGCAACCCAAUGACAACACUAUCCGUACCAAUACCGACGAGGAAGCCGUCGUGGAGAAGGGAAUUGUAGAAAAGGUUCCUUCCAAGUCCCUCCCGCAGGAUGAUCUAGAACCGUAUGUGGCUGAGAAGACGCACUUUGCCGAUAGAUUCAUGUACUGGUGGGCCAAGCGCAUGUUGAGACCGUUCAACCAAGGCAUUGUGGUUGUCCUCUUUUUGGUUGUCUUGGCAACUUCGUUGAUUGCUGCUACCCGCCUGAAGCAAGAGUUCAACUACAUUGAUAUGGUCCCCAACGACUCUUAUCUCAAGGACUACUUUACAGCGAUCGAUGACUACACGGUUCGAAAUGGUCUCUAUGUCUACGUUUUCUUCCGCGAUGUCGACCAGUCUGAUCCCGAUGUUCAGCAGCAGAUGCUUGACUACAUUGACGACUUGAAUGAUUCCGAUGCCAUUGCCCACUACCCCGUCUACUUUUGGCUUCGAGACUUCAACCAAUUCGUUGCGGACAAUCCAAAGCUUGCCGACCUCACAUUCAACGAGAAGAUUGCCACGUUCUUUAAAGACCCUGGUUGGGAAGAUCUUUACGGAGAGCAUGUGGUCAUCAGCGAUGACGGCAGUGUGAUUGAAUCACGCUGCGUAGCAUACGUCGAUGUCAACAUGCAAAAGUCCAAAGAUGGCACGGACAUGCUCAAGGAGAUGCGUGCCGUGUCCAGUAGGCAGCCAAUCAAUCAAGGAAAAGAGCAUUGGCCGUUCCUGACUUACUCGGACGAAUAUCACAUCUUGGAAUUCUACUCGGUGGUUGUCGACGAGCUGAUUAGCACGACCAUCAUGGGAGUUGUGGCAGUCAGUGUGAUUGCUAUGAUCUUCAUCCCGCACUGGACAGCAGUCCUCUUCGUCUUCCCCUUCAUUUCCUUCCUCUACAUUGACAUGCUUGGCUUCCUCUACAUCUCCGGCGUCCAAAUCAAUGCCAUUAGCUACAUGACCCUUGUCAUGUCCAUCGGUCUUAUGGUGGACUUUAUCAUGCACAUAUUGCUACGUUACUAUGAAUCAAAGGGUACGAGAGAGGAAAGAGUGGUGGAAACGCUUUCAACCAUGGGAGCCUCCAUUUUGGUUGGGGCCAUCUCUACAUUCUUGGGAGUGCUGUUGUUGGCCUUUAGCACCAGCGAGAUCAUCAACAAUAUCUUUGUCUCAUUCAUCGGUCUAGUCAGUUUUGGGGUGCUUCAUGGCUUGGUCUUCUUGCCUGUUCUGCUUGCGAUGGUGGGGCCCGAGUACUAGGGAGAGUUUGCCAGCUCGACGUCAUGCCAAGAGAAUGACGAGCCCAUCCCAAUCAGUUGGGCUGUUGAUACUACGCAGCGCGGGAUACACAGGCUGACCCACCAGCCAACUUGAAUGCAUUGGUUGAUGCUUCAAGUAUCCUGCAGCGCGUCUCUCCAAUGGAGAGAGUUGAUAGUUUUUAAUGCAUAGAUUCCUACUUCAAUAGACAAUUCAGUUGUGUCUUGCUUGAGGGUGAAGUACUAGUAUCUGUAGAGCAGUUCUUCAAAGCGUAAAGCCAGCUGAAUUCUAUAACUCAUUGAUGGCUGAGAACGACUCGACUCCGCCGCCGAUACCAUAGAUUCCUUUGCAGCAGCGUCCAAGAAUCAUGAAUCACCAUCAGACAGACUAACGAGUUCGGUACCACCAGAGCAGCAGAACAGAGAGAAGCCAUCCAUAUGCAUAGAAUGAUGCUGGGACCUGCUCAUCCAUCAAGUUUCACACUUGACUCUUUGUGGCGCCGAAGCAACGGACUCGACUCAGGCAUCCUCGCCCAAACCUGUCUCGACAGUCUCUGCCGAAGGGAAACUUUGUCUUCUUCCUUUCUGAUUGAAGCAGAAGGAGAGCCACAAAAGAAACUUCAAAGCGAUUGCCACAGUUGAAAGUCUCAGCUAGGCAGCAGUUGCGUGGUCUCGGCGCCUUGGCAUUCUUGGCAGGAAGUAGAUGGGCUGGUUUUCUACUUGCGCAGCUACGGUAUUUGCACUAAUGAGCGAAUAAAAAGUUAACGUACUUUCACAGUUGCAGCUGGGUAGCAGAUAGAUGUCGCUGAGGUUCUUUUCACUUGGUACGUAAACCACCACAGUGGUGCCCAAGCGGAUGACUCGACUCUCGGGUGUAAUGGUACCAGCACCGGAUGCCACUGACACCGAUUUCUUCUUCAGGAGCGACACUGUCAGGGUUGCACGCGUUCUUGAUGAGAGACAUGUAAGUUCUCAGCCAACAUAACAAUCGUUCCAUCCAAAGGCACGCCCACCAUCUUGAGCUGGUAUCUCAAUCCAACAGACAUUUCAAUAUCAGUCUUCAAGGCAGAAAA